AUGUCUGUCGCUCCCACAAAAUCCGAAAUCUCCCAGAACCCUGGAAAGCUCAGCGUAACAAACGCCCUCAACAGGGACCAGGUCGAAGGCAACGUCUCUUCCGGUCUCAAGCUGUGGGGUGCCAUCCAGGCCUUCCGCGAUGGUCGCAUGCCCGACAACAAGCAGAUCGAUCGUGUCCUCGACUAUGCCAUCAAGACUUCCCCUGUCGACGUCUCGAGACUGUCACCAGACGGCCGUGUCCUUGUUGAUGACUUUAGAGACAUUAUCGAGACUCUCCGUACUAUUGUCGCCGAGAAGAACGCCGAUGAGCUCUUGCAGAGUGCUGUUUGGGCUUCCUAUAGCGGUGAUCUGUCGCGGGCCAAGCAGGACGGUGUGAUCCCUGUUACCAACGACAAGGUUCAAGAAGAUGCCAACACUGCUGCUGCCCACAUCCGUACCCUCAUCACCCUCUUCGUCACCAACUCUGAAGCCCGAAAGCUUCUGCAAGACUUUGGCAUCGUUGGCCGUGAUGUCUUUGCUACCGCCGCUACCAAGGCUGCCGACAAGGCUCGCCCCACCCAGGAGCAGCUCGACGCUGUUGACCAAGAAGCUCCCUCGAAUGAGUGGGUUGGUGCCGACGGCAAGAGGCAUGGUCCCAACGAGACUCCCGAGGUGCAGAUGAAGGGUCCCAACGGUACCCAGGUCCGAUACAACCCCAAGGACGCUCCCGGCCAGGCUUCCGUUACCGACCACCGAGGCGAGACCCGAACUGCCGGCGACACUUACAGCGCCGCUCAAGAAGCCAAGAACGACGCCCAGCUCCGCGCUCAGGAGGCCAAGGCCCAGGGCACGGGUACCGCCCAGUCCCACGCCGACGACCUCAAGGCCGCUCGUGACCCCAACGCUCCUCUUUCGCAACAAAAGGAACAGGUCACCUCUGCCGCCAACGCCAAGGUUGACGAGUACGGCAACCAGAUCCCCGACCCCCAGAACCAGACCAACCAGGAGAAGGCUAGGGCUAAGGCUGCUGCUUUGAGGGACCGAAUCCCCGCCGAGCACAGGGAGAGGGCUGCCAACUACCUCCAGCAGGGUAAGAACUUUUUCAACGAUGAGUUCCCCGAGGAGAGGAGGGACCAGUUCAUCUACAGGCUCAAGAAGGUAGUUGUCGAGUGCCAAGGUCACAAGGACUACCAGGAGGCCAUGGGCUGGCUUCUUGAGACUCUCGAAAACUACCACGGCCACGCCAAGCACGUCGGCACCAAGGGUGCCGGCUCUGUCCAGGCUGUCGGCGGCGACCCCGGAAUCACCGACGCCACCACCCAGUUCCGUGUGCUCCUCGAGAGAUUCGCCAACGGCCAGUCCAUCGAGCCCAUCCUCAACGCUCUCGACCAGGUCUACACCGACAUCCAGAACGACUCUGAGCUCCGAUCGUGGUUCACCACUUUCAACGAGUACAUCCACAAGGUCUUGCUCGAGCCCGGAUACAUUCUCGACGAAGAGUCUGACCGUGAGGCUGUCGCUUUGAGAGACUCUGGCAAGAGGUUCUUCACCGACAAGUACAAGAGCCACCAGGAGCUCCUCUUUGACGAGGUACAAGUCUGGGCCACCGCCUUUGGCAAGGACCCUCUGAACGUCAGGCUCGGUGACGACGUCAAGCGCUUCACCAAGGACCUCUUGUUCAACUCUGAGGGUAACCUUACCUUCAAGCCCAAGCUCUGGAAUGAUGUCCGAACCAUCCUCCUCCCCCUCUUGCUCGAGCAGGUCACCUACGUCCCCAUCCCCAGGGCCGAGUACAGCGACCCCAACAUCGACUUGGUCAUCGAGGGCCUCGUCUUGUCCGGUCCCAACCUCUUCCCCAACAUCGUCCACCUUGAGUCUUUCAACUCGUUCACCUUCUCCCCCUACCCCAAGAUCAACAAGGGCAUGGACAACCAGCACCACCGAUUCGCCCUGUCUCUUUCUCAGAUCCAGGCCGAUAUCCGAGAUGUCGCUUUCGCUUUCCGAAGAAAGACUGGCUGGCCCCGUAUCUCGGACCACGGUCUUGCCGAUGUCGUCCUCGCUGGCAAGGGUAUCUCUGUCGACGUUGAGCUCGAGUCUGUCGAGAACCGACGAGACACUGUCUUCAAGACCAACCAUAUCAAGGUCUCUAUUGACACUCUCAAGUUCUCUAUCAGGAACUCUAAGCACGACUUGCUUUACAAGUUUAUUAAGUCUACUGCCACUGGCUUGAUCAAGAAGGCCAUCACUGCUGCCGUUCAGAACGCCAUGAAGACUUCUCUCGGUCACCUCGAUGACCAGCUUGUCGAAAUCCGAAACAGGGUUGACGAGGCCAAGAAGACCGAUGAGACCACCCGAUCCCAGGCUCUCAAAGACCUCUACGCCCGCAAGAAGCAGGCCUCUGCCGACGAGAAGGCCAGGGCCGAGCCUUCGCCCGGUACUUUCAAGAUUGUCACCAACCGUGAAUCCCAGCUCAACCCCGACCUCACGCACGAUGCCGAGAAGAGCUGGACGCACAAGGCGUUCAAGACGGAGGACCUCGCAGCGUCUGGCAAGGAGUGGAGGAGUCCCGCGUUUGACUUAACCGACAAGGCUCACCCCGCGCUUACCGGUCAGCACCACCCCGGUGCUACUGUCGGCGCGGGUGCCAAGACGCAGAAGGUUGAGCAGCAGGCGGCUGCGGCGGUCAAGCAGAAGGUGUAA